GGGUAAGUCAGUACCCAAGGCCAGGACUUCUCUCCUGUGCCUCACCGUCCAAUUCUCUCAAUUUUGAAGACGAUUUCCACAUGUUUACAAAUACUAGUAUUAAAAAAAAAAAAAAAAAUAUGGGGUUGGAGGGCGAAGUGCAACACACUCUCACACAAGUGUGUGAUUUCCGGAAACUCCAGAGCUAAAACCCUUUUCGAGAUCGAGCGCCAUGAUCAGAAGAUCUCUCUGUUUAUUCCUGGUUUCUGCUCCGCUAUUCGCGAUCCUAUGCACCGCAUUCUCUGAAGAAAAGCCCACGGAUCGCCGUGUUCUGGUCCUGCUCGACGACUUCGCGAUUAAGUCGUCGCAUUCCAUCUUCUUCAAGUCGUUGGAGACCAGAGGAUUUGAUCUCGAUUUCAAGCUCGCUGAUGAUCCCAAGCUCGCUCUGCAGAGAUAUGGACAGUAUUUGUACGACGCUGUUGUUCUCUUCGCCCCGACAGUUGAUCGGUUUGGUGGGUCUGUUGAUGCUGCGUCAUUGCUAGAAUUUGUUGAUUCUGGUCAUGAUUUGAUUCUGGCUGCCGAUAAAUCAGCUUCAGACUUGAUUAGAGAGAUAGCUGUGGAGUGCGGGGUUGAUUUCGAUGAGGACUCAGCAGCUAUGGCAAUUGACCACACAAACCAUGCAGUUUCAGAGACAGAAGGGGAUCAUACAUUGAUAGCCAGUGAUGAUUUCAUUCAUUCUGAGGUUAUAUUGGGGAGCAGGAAACUAGAGGCCCCCGUGCUUUUUAAGGGAAUUGGUCACUCGAUAAAUCCUGCAAGCAACUUGGUGCUAAAAGUUCUCUCUGCUUCACCAGCAGCGUAUUCAGCGAAUCCAAAAUCCAAGUUAUCAAGUCCUCCCAAUUUGAUUGGGUCAGCAAUCUCUUUGGUUUCUGUAGUGCAGGCAAGAAAUAAUGCUCGGAUUCUGAUAUCUGGCUCACUCAGCAUGUUCAGUGACAGAUUUUUCCGAUCUGGAGUACAGAAAGCUGGAAGCACUACCAAACAUGAGAAAAGUGGGAAUGAGCAAUUUUUUGUUGAACUUAGCAAAUGGGUGUUCCAUGAAAGAGGUCAUCUGAAGGCUGUGAAUGUAAGACACAAUAAAGUUGGUGAGACUGAUGAACCUUCAAUGUACAGAAUCAAAGAUGACCUGGAUUACUAUGUGGAAGUAUAUGAGUGGUCUGGUACUAGGUGGGAACCAUAUGUGGCUGAUGAUCUGCAGGUUCAGUUUUAUAUGAUGAGCCCAUAUGUUCUGAAAAACCUGUCAACUAAUGAGAAGGGCCUUUAUUCUACAUCGUUCAAGGUUCCUGAUGUCUAUGGUGUUUUCCAGUUCAAGGUUGAGUACCAGAGACUCGGGUAUACUACCUUAAGUCUAUCAAAGCAGAUUCCAGUUCGACCUUUCAGACAUAAUGAGUAUGAAAGAUUCAUACCUGCUGCUCUUCCGUAUUAUGGAGCAUCGUUUUCAAUGGUAUCUUCCUCUCUAUCUUUCUGCAUCUAUCUACUUGUUGAUGUCAAAGUCUCUAUUGACUGCUUGCAGCACAAGCUUUUGCUUUCUCUGGUUGUUUCAUGUUUUCAAUUCUUGAAUUUUGGGAGAUCUUCCCUUGUGUUUGAAGGAUGUAAUACAUAAACAAUAUGCUUUUUUCUUUUUCUUUAAUUCAAAUUCCUACUCUAAUUACAUUAGGAAAGAUCUAAUAAGCAAUCUUAUCUUACCUGAAAAAAUUGUGAAAAUUUAUUUUCCAUGUCCUUCCUUCCCUUUCUAUCCCCCUAUAUUAGCUCUUUCGGUUUCCCACUAAAAUAUUAUAUUUUCUGAUAUCACUGCAGUUGUAGCCUCUGGACUAGUAUAAUAACAGUAGUAUUUCCUUUGUGUGUCGUGCCACCCAUGAAUUGUAUGGUAAAUUCCACCUUUCUUAUAAUCAUCCUUUGAUCUUGAUAAAUUAUACAGAUGUCGGGUUUCUUUGUCUUCACCUUGGUGUAUCUGUACACAAAGUAGCGACCAUUUUGCUCGAUGGUGAGGGAUGAAUUAUGCACUCGAGGCUCGAUUUUGCGACUGAAAUGAGGUAGUACGAUCAGAUAGUAGUUGCGGUGUUGCAGCAUUUAUUGCAGAUGGUAGUAUGCGGCACUGAUCGCAGAUACAUUUUAAGCAAGAGAAGCUGAUAAUUGCUGAGACUUGUCUACAUUUUCUUAGUGAUUAGAAGAUAGACUUCACACCUCACUUGUUUUGGUAAUCUUUCUAACUGAGAUUUAUUUAGGGUUUGUUGUUCUUCUUUAUUACUUUAAAAUCUUACUUUCCUUCUUUUUUGCUGUACCAAAAAGUACUGGUUGUCAAAGAAUCAUAAAAAUCGCAAUAAUUAAAAACUUACUCAUCUUAAGACAA